AUGUCUAUAAAUAUCUCUGCAUAUGCUAAUACCAAACAUGCGUAUUUUAUAAUUUGUCCAAUAAUUACAGUUUUAUUGGUUAUUAGAUACCGGGGAAUAUUUAGUUUGCCAAAAAACGUCCAGGACAUUAUCUACUACUCCGAGUCAUCCUUCUACUACUCUUUCUACAAACACUCUACAUUUGCAUUUGGCGAUAUAAUAGAUUCACGUUCAGAAUGGCCUAACAGUCAUAUAUCAUUUAGGAAGUAUAAUAUCAUAUUUGAGUAUAUUGUAUCGCUCAUCUAUAAAGUGAUAUCAUUCAUAUAUCCUGUAGAUCGAUUCAACGUCUAUGCUUCUACAGUUUUGCUUAUACAUUCCAUGGGUAUCAGUUCACUAUUUCUGAUAUCUUCAAUUGUAGGCGAUUGUAUAAGUGGGUUAUGUUGUAUAGUCUUGUACAUGACGUUGUUUCAGGAAAAAUUGAUUUCCAGGAUUUCUGCAUUGCCUCUUAGGGAAAAUAUAUCGCUACCAUUCUUUUGGAUGUCACUUCCACCACUUUUACAGAUAAUAAGUCAUACACAUCACACCACUAAUGUCGACACAAAUGAUAUUAACGCCAGUGAUAAUAAAUGUUACAGACAGGGUUACGAAAUAUGUAUAACUAUUUCGUUGCUGACGUGGCAAUUCUCAUCUUUUUUAAUAUCCACGCAGUUACUUGUGGUGAUAUUUCUUAAUUACUUACAAAUUAUCACAGACAAUAAUUGUGAUGCUAUAAUAAAAUCAUGUGCAAUUUCACUUGUUGGAGCCAGUAUUUUAUCCCUCUUUAGCCCCUUAAUGAUAGGGAGUUUAUUGGUUAAAGUGCUGAUUACUUAUUACAUAUCACAAAUAGUAUAUCGUCGCAUAAAUAUUAAGCCAUGUAAUAUUUAUCUGUUGAAUAAUUAUCAAUCAAUUAAACAAUUUAUUGUAAAAUUACUCACAUUUUCAGUGACCGUAAUACUUGUCAAUUUAUGUUUCAAUCUACACUUCAACGAUGAUUCCCAUGUAUUCGACAUGUUUUUCGUAAAAAUUGGCCUAAAGGAACCAAAUUUUGAUACUCUUAUCUACGAAAUGGGCACAGAAUUUCGAUUUUUCCCCAAAUUUAUGUGCAACCUAAUAUUCAACACCAACAUGCCACAUUUGUUACUAGUGUCACUCGUAAUGUUAUUAUUCACAACUAAGAAUGCAUCCCACUAUUAUUUACUAUUACAGACAAUUGGAUUGACAUUACUAAUGCUACUGGUGGCAAGAUUACGUGUAUCUGCAUUACCCAUGCUUUGUAUUUUGGCCAGUUUUGCAACAAGUGUCAAAUUUUGGUCGGGCAUUCCACUUGGAAUAUACAUACCUUCACUCUAUAAAAAAGCGAUUAGAUUGGCGAUUCCUAUGCUUAUACUAUCAUUUGCAGCAAGGCCCCUGUUUCGUGUGGGUCUUGUUGAUGAAAUUUGGCGAUACAAGUAUGGUGAGAAUUAUUACACUGACCAAGCAGCCGAGUUGGUUCAAUGGGUUAACACCACUAUAAUUAGGGAGAUUGGGGUCUAUAACAAAUGUGCAAUAUUUAGUGAUAUGCCCACAAGUAGUAUUCUAAGAUCUGCGACGGACGCUACUUUGAUUGUAAAUCCCCAUUAUGAAAACAUAGCAGUUAAGCAGAGGAUUCGCGUUUACUAUGCCUUGGCAUCAUGUAUAAAUGACCCCAAAUGGUUGUUUGAUAAGCUGAAUGAGUAUGAAGCGAAGUAUUUGAUAAUCCAGACAAAAAUGUUGCAAGUAAUAGGGGAUGGCAUUGAAUCUUUGAUCAAUUCCCUAGAAUAUGAAAACGCUUCUUGUAAACCCAGAGAAAGACUUGAAAAUCGUCUAUUAUAUAAAUUACUCACAAAUACCCAGCUUUUCAAGCUUGUAUUUGUCAAUGGAAACUACCUCGUAUUCACAUUGGGCAACGUCAAUGGGUUGUACAAGUUAGACUUAAAUUUGCCCAAUAGUGACGAAUUAUCGCUAUAUUUACCAGUUGAUGACAAUGGAUUAAUGAUCAAUUUCCACGGCAUUGCCCUUGAAGAGUUCUCAGACGUAUUACGCGAGAUUGGCUACGUGCAGGCUAGUGAACAGUUAUACAAUUUCCUGCUAGGAUAUUUCAACCACCGCCCCGAAUAA